CACAUCUACCACCUCAACAACUUCAUCCACCCACCACCACCACCACCACAACAACACUUUCCCAUCAUCUCCCAUCAACCGCACACAUCACCGCCAUCAACAUGUCUCUCAGCUACCUCCCACCAGUGAAGCCAUCGGCCAUCGCCCUCGGCACCCUCUUCAACCAUGCCGCAUCCCUCGCCGUCCUGGGCCCCGUCUUCGGCGACACAUACCGCCGCGCUAUGCAAGCAAACAGCAAUGAGGAGUUCUUCAAGUCCAAGGAGGCUGCUUCCGCUGGUGCCGCUUGGGGCACUUCGCUCAUCGGCUCCGCCGUCCAGUCAUACGGUGUGGGAGCUCUCAUCAACGCCACCGGUACUCUGUCUUACAAGGGCGCUGCAUACCUUGGCGCUCUGAUCUUCGCUGCCUCGUCUGCCCCAUCAUUCAUUGCACAAAUCACCACCGAGAAGCGCCCUCUUGACACGGUCGCCGUCGGCGCCCUUGCCCGUGUCUUCGAGACUGUCGGUCUGUCGCUGUUCCUCACCUACUGGGGUACCCGCACCAACCCAUUCGACUCGCGCCUCCAGUAGAUGAUGGAGAGUACAGCACAGAAGCUGUGAGAGAUGGACUUUUUACUAUGAAAAAUGGGAAGUUUUGCCGUCGCGCAGAAUCUUCCAGGUUGGAGAUAGCGGUGGAAAUGCAGACCCUUUGAGCUACUCCUUCUAUAUGUAUACUCCACUACGGGAGGCCCUCUGAAAUGAAUACUAGUUUCUUGUACUUGUCG